CUGCCCCGCCCACGCCCGGCUUCCCCGCUCUAUCCCGCUGCCCAGUCCACGCCUGGCAUCCCCUCCCUGGCUCCGCCUCCCUUCCCAUGGCCCAGUUUCCCCGCCCCAGUCCCGCCUUCCCGCCCUAUCCCGCUGCCUGGCCCACUCCUGGUCUCCCCGCCCCCCGGGGCCCCGCCUUCGUGCUCUGGCCCCGCCUCUCCACUCUGGCUCCUCCACUGCUUGCGGGUGCGUCCUCCCGUUGGAGUGUUGGUCCUUUGGUCCGGAAGUGACGCGGGGGUCGGCUUGCAGGCUGGACGCCCUAUUCUCAGGGCCGCACCUCGAGGCACCCCCGGGCAGCAUGGCUCUCCUCUUUCUGCUCGUCCUCGUCUUCCAGGUCGGGAGUAGGGCUGAGAUUAACGCCGCGGAUCUGGAGCUGUCUUCGGUGCCAAAACCAACGAAUAUUGAAAUUAAAGCCUAUAACUUUAAUACUGUCCUAUCUUGGGACUACCCGACCAUGUCACAGACCCCUGUUUUUAUCGUGCAGGUAAAGAACUAUGGGGAGGCAAUCUGGGUUGAUGCCUGCAAUACCUCUCAUCAUUCUUGUAAUAUCUUUUCCACAAUUGCCGAUCCAUCACUUUCUCUCUGGGCCAGAAUUAAAGCUAGACUUGGACAAAAAGAAUCAGCCUAUGCAGAGUCCAAAGAAUUUAUUUUGUGUAAACAAGGGAAAAUUGGACCACCUGAACUGGGCAUCAGAAACAUGGAAAAACACAUCAUUAUUGACGUAUUUCACCCUUUAGCUAUUAUAAGUGGAAGGGAGCCAGUAGCCAUAUAUGGUGAAGAAAAUUGUUACUCAUUCAAGUACGAGGUGCAUCUGAGAAUAAAUGGAAAUGAGACCUCAUAUAAAACGGAUGUAGAGGAAGAUAAUUGCAAUGAGACUCAGUGCUAUUUAACUGUCCCAGUGUCCUCGUUGGAUUCUGAGUACUGUGCUUGGACAAAAGGAUUCUCAGAAACAUGGCUUGUUACAACUGAACAGUCCAAAGAACUUUGUGUUACCACUUUGGAUGGCAAACACAUGGAAGAUUCUGUUUGGGUUCCAGUUGUUGCCGUUCUCUUGCUUUUUGUAGUUCUCAUCGUGGUAUUUAUAUGUUGUUACACUAAGAAGAUUAAUCCCUUUAAGAGAAGAACCAUCAUGUUACCAAAGUCCCUGCUCUCUGUGGUGAAAAAUGCCUCUUCGGAGACAAAAUCUGAAUCAAAAUGUGUAUCACCCAUCACCUACCAACCGAUUGUCUCAGAAAAUGAGAAGAUGGUCUGGGAAGAGCAGUUGUCUCCAGCGACAAUUUCCGAUUUGCCCGCUGAAGACAGUCUGGAAAAAAUGGGACACCACGAAGAACUACAAGUGGUGACCCCUGAAGGGACUAUUUCUGACAUGGCUCCUGAUAGCCCUCAGACCCCGGUAAUGAGAGAGAAUUCUGUCCGUUCAGAUAGUAACCAGUCUGAAACCUGUGUUGUGGCUUUAAACUCCUAUCACUCCAGAAGUGGUUCCGAGAGUGGCACUGUGGAAUCGCAGAGCUUCUCGGACUCAGAAUUUCCCCCAAGUAGUAAACCUGAAAUAAAGACCGAGGAACAGGAGUCCGUAAUGCUGAGAAACACGACCACCUCCUUUGGUUAUGACAAGCCGCACGUAUUAGUGGAUCUGCUGGUAGAUGAAGGCGGUAAGGAAUCCUUGAUCGGUUACAGACUUACAGCAGAUUCCAAAGAGUUUUCCUGAGAUCAGGGAAGAUGCGCCAUCUCGGAAGGAUCUACCUUUUUCCCUAGACGGCUUUUCUGCCUCGAUUUCAUGAAGAGAUCAUGAUUUUAGAAGCCGUUUCUUUGUCGACAUUAACCAAAUACAGUAGUAUCUUGGUUUACAUAAAGGGCAAAGAGCCUCUGUGGCACUGUCAGAUUUGGCCCGAAAACUGCAGAAGCUGUAAAGAAACAAACCGUUGUCACAUUAGGAACUUUUCCAUCCAGUGUGCAUUAUCAGUGAACACGCUAAGAAUCCUGCUUCCUACAACUGUGCGUGAGACGCCUCAGGUCCUUUCUAAUCACUUCCAGUUGUAAACUAGUUUUGUUUUGUUCUGUUUUCCUUUUCUGUGCCUUAGCAUGUUAUUUGUUUUUGCAAGUCUAUGUCCAUAGUAUUUUUAAAUGCUCACUUUGAGAAGAAAUCGUGAAAGUUUUCCAAACGUGAAUUCAAAAUCUAAUUCAAGUCAAUAGACUUCAUAAAGAAUGUGUAAAUACACACAUGUAUAUAUUUUGUAUGGAACGUUGUAUUUAGAUAUUUGUAAAUAAAGUAUAUUUAAAAUUCA